AUGACAGCAAUCAGCCCAUCAAUAUGCGACUUAGCAGAGGUAGCCAUAAGCCAACCGCCAGAUUUUCAAACCAGAUACCUCGACCCGGUAGAGCACCUAGACUUUACCGAUGAAGAAUGUCGUCACCAUCUAUUAUUCGAGCACUACAGAUUUCCUAACCUGAGGACCAUAUCGUUGGCUUUUUCAGGCUACAACAACGACUUUACCUUGGUGCCGUAUCUCCAACCUAAGUUGGAAAGGUUGCAUUUUUAUGGCGGUCCGAUCACAGAUGCAACUCUUGCGAGGUUACUGACCUGUUGCCCGGUACUCAGAGAACUGAUAAUCGAGAACCCUCUAUACACCUGUUGUUCAUCAGAAGGCUUUCGUAUGUAUCUCGAUGGUGUAAGAUCUUUGAGCAGUCUAGAACUGCGAUGUGGCAAGGGUGAUGCUGCUAUCGCCAACGUUUUCCUAUCUCUUGCCCAGUCAUCCAUUCUAAGAACUCUCGACUUCCGCAUCACAAUAGAUGUAGAACUUAUGAGCAGAGCCCUCGAGGACCGGAGACGAUUAUCAAAUCCCAACCCAUCGUUAUUUGCAGAUCUCAAAAAGCUCGUCUGCGUAGCAACUUACCCAGCGAUAACGAUGCUACUCCCUCAUUUGACCAAACUCACCUACCUCGAAGUCAGCAUCAAAGGUAAAGAGGCGCUGGACUUGUUUUCGCAACUCUGCAGAUUUCGAUUGCAACUGCGCGUUCUAAAGAUAGAGUAUCUAUGCUCGUAUCCCGUUAUGAUCAACCCGGCGAUGAUGCUCGAGUUCGUACAAAAACGAUGUUGGGAUAUAGAGGAACUAGUGGUGUCCGGUAAAGAAGCCUGCGGAACGGGAUUUUCCAGACCCGUAUUCAAGUUAUUAGAAAGGGCGGGCUCAUUAAGGCACCUGCGGCUAUCGUUGAAAUGCGAUUUGACGGAGGUCACGCUGCUAGUUGCCGCCAAAUAUGCUGGGAAAAGAUUAGUUGAACUUGACAUACACGGGACGUUCGAUUCCGAUCGGCUAACUAAGUUGUUCGCGGACAUGGGAUUUUCGUUCGGCAAGCAGUUCAGAUUUCUCAGUAUUGGAACGAUAUCGAUUCCACGUUUCGAAAAUGACAUUGAGGAGCUACGACCGAAGGCAGAGGCAUUCGCUCAUCUCCUGAAAACAAUAUUUCCCAUGUUGGAGGACUUCAAUGUUUCAGAUUCGAACGACUUCAGUAAAAUGGUCGAGAGUGAGUUGAUGGAAAUGCUUGAGGAUGCAAGAUCGAUAUAUCAGAAGAUCCAGAUGGACCCAGCAUCGUAA